UCCGACUCUUCCGCGUACGGAGUGAGGCUGGGAGUCUGCGCGAGAACGGAGGGACAGAGUGGCGAAGAAGAGGGCGGGGUGGCUUGCGCAGCGCCUGGAGGGGCGGCAAGGGGGCGUGUGCCGCCACUGCUGCUCAAGAGCAGCAGCGAGAGAUCGGGGCUACAAGUCGCCCUGCCUCUGGGCCGAGGGAAGGCGAAAACGUCGCGGGAGGAAAGCAUCCACAUAGCAGAAGUGGGUCGCAGCGCGCCUGGCGGGGACCCGGCAGGGCCGCCGCUGCCCACGCUAUAGAUGAACAUGCAGGAAGCAGAUCUAGCUGCAAAAAUGCUCCGAGCUGUUCUCCAGUCGCAUAAAACGGGAGUACCCUUUUCUCGUUUGCAAGGAGAGUAUAAAUCUUUAACUGGAGAUUGGAUUCCAUUUAAGCAGCUGGGACAUCCUACACUAGAAGACUAUGUGAAGAGUGUUCCCGGAGUUGUUAGGGUUGAAAUUAGUAAAUCUGGUGAGGUGAUUUGCCAUGCUGUCACUUGCCAGGAGACUGCAAGGAUUGCUCAGCUUGUAGCUCGCCAGAGAACUUCAAAAAGGAAAGUGAGCCGAGCAGUGAAUUGCAGGAUGAGGCUGAAAAAAACGCCUUCAUUCGCUUCAGUAGGCAAACCAAAGGACACUCUGAGGAAACCAGGAUUCUUGAAUUUCCCAGAGGAAAACAGGAGGCCUUCAUUUACACCCCUUAAAAGCAAAGGAAGCUCUACAGUUGUUAGACCCAAUAUGAACACUGCACCAUAUCCUCUGUCUCCAGUAAUUGGGAAUGCUGUACCGAAGGAAGCAUUAAUUCAAGAGCACAUGACUGCAACAAGCAGGCCUGAGAAAAGAGCACCGCUUCCACCUCGGUUUCAGAAAGAUCUUCAAGUUCAUUUAUCAAGAAACCUGUCUGGGGACUUGAAUGAAAACGUAAGAGACAUGAGACAAGUAGUAAUGCAACCUACCCCUGCUUGUCCUUCAAAUAUCCAAAUAAAUGAGAUUCAGAAGAGAAUUAAAGAUAUUCUGAAUAGGUUCAAUACUGGAAUAUGGUUAUCAAAAAUACCACACCUGUACAGAGAGGCAUAUGAAGAGGACUUGAAUUCAACCUUGCUGCCACAACUUGAACACUGGCCUCACAUCUGUGUGGCAGAGAAGAUGCAGUCUGGUGGCAUUAGGGAUGUACUUAUUUAUCCAGCUACAAAAACUAAUCAUUCGAUAAAGGGUGUCUCAAGCCAGGAGGGAAAGCCUCGGUCCCCAUUAAUAAAAGGGACUGUAGAGACCCAAGCUCCUGCACUCCAUGGGGACCUCAAGCAGCAGAUUGCUACUAUCUUGUUAAAAUAUUCCAGCGGCCUUUGGGCUAAUGCACUCCCAAAGGUAUAUGAAGACACCUACAAAGCAGUGUUUCCUCAUGAAGUUCUGAACAAACUUGACUUGCUGUCUGAUAUAUGCACAGUGGACUACAUAUCUGGCAACCCCAAAAAGGCAAUCCUCUAUGCAAAAUCCACUGAUGAGAACCAGAAUGUUCCUGGGAAAAUCCACAUACAUGAAGAGACCAGCAGAGACCUAAAGAGACCUAAAGAGCAACAGCCCACUGUGAUGUUGCAGGAGUCCCAGGAGGAAUUUACGGAGAAUAUAGCAGUGCCUCCUUUAAUUAUCCCUGUUCCUGGGAAAAUCCACAUACAUGAAGAGACCAGCAGAGACCUAAAGAGACCUAAAGAGCAACAGCCCACUGUGAUGUUGCAGGAGUCCCAGGAGGAAUUUACGGAGAAUAUAGCAGUGCCUCCUUUAAUUAUCCCAGCAGAAACUUCCCCAUCUGUGUUGGUGGUAGAAUUGAACACUACCAAUGAAGUUGUUGUCAGGUAUGUGGGCAAAGACUAUUCUGCUGCCCAGGAGUUAAUGGAAGACGAGAUGAAAGAUUGCUACUGUCGGAACCCCUUAGCUUUGCAGAUACAGUCUCCUAAGGUUGGGCAGCUUGUUGCUGUGCCUGCUGAAGAAGAAGCUUGGCUGCGGGCAGAGAUUGUUUCAACGGAAGGCAAUAGAAUAAAGGUGUGCUAUGUUGAUCAUGGUUUCAGUGAAAUAAUUGAAAAUUCCAAAGUGUACAAACUAGCCAAGCAGUUCUACUCAUUACCGUUCCAGGCUUCAAAAUGUAGACUAGCAGGGUUGGAGACCUUCUGUGAUGACCCUGUCUUGGUGAAGAUGGUAGAAUCACAAACCUGUGGCAAGAUAUUUGCUGUUGAAAUACUGGAGAAAAGUGAAAUUCCCCUUGUUGUCCUAUAUGAUACUUCAGGGGAAGAUGAUAUAAACAUCAAUGCUGUUUGCCUGAAGGCGCUUAGUGACAAAUCUCUUGAACUUCAUCUUCAGGUGGGAGCACUCUAUACAAACGUCGUCGUAACCAAUGUUUGUUCAGAUGGAACUUUAUACUGCCAAGUGCCGUCGAGGGGCCUGACCAAACUCUUGGAGGCUUUGCAGAAAUUGGAGAAUUAUUUCUACCACAAGCCGGCAACGGAAUACGCUGUGUCACUGCCUUACUGUGGCAUGAUUUGUUUGCUAAACUGUAAAGGAAAAUGGGCACGCGUGGAGAUAACAAGUGUUCAUAGUACUCGGGCUCUUGACGUACAAUUUAUGGAUACCGGUACAGUAGCAUCUGUAAAAGUAGCAGAGCUGAGAGAGAUUCCCUCAGUGUUCCUGCGUGAAAUCAUUGCAAUACCACCUCAGGCAACAAAAUGCUGCUUGGCUGACCUUCCUCUUCAAAUUGGCAUGUGGACGCCAGACGCUGUACUUUGGCUGAGAGAUACAGUUUUAAACUGUUUUGACUGCAGCAUUAAGGUGGUUAAACUGGAUGAUUCCAAAAGGAUUGCACAUAUCUAUCUAUUUACACCAAAGAACUUCCCAGAUCCUGACCGCAGUAUAAAUAGGCAAAUCACUAAUGCAGACCUGUGGAAGCAUCAGAAGGAUGUCUUCCUGAGUGCCUUCUCUAGUGGCUUCCUUCAUGGAAAGGGAGACAUGGACUUCUCGGAGCAGGCAAGCCCUGGGGUCAAGAAGAGUCUUGUGGACCCAUGUGCUCUGGAGCCCAGCAGUGUUGAAACACCCUUGACUUUGCCACCACCUCUGCCACUGGCCAAACCUGGGGAGCAGAUGGAUGUCUUUGUUUCCCUGGCCUGCCACCCUGGUUACUUUGUCCUUCAGCCUUGGCAAGAGAUGCACAGCUUAGAAGUACUGUUGGAAGAGAUGCUUCUACACUAUAGCACAGUAGACGAGAGAGAUGUCUCUGUAGGAAAGAACAAGCUCUAUGUUGCUAAAGUGGGGAAAAAGUGGCACAGAGUGUUAUUAAAAGGAAUACUGGCAAAUGGAUUGGUGUCUGUUUAUGAGCUGGAUUAUGGUAAACAUGAACUUGUCAGCAUCCAGAAUGUACGGUCUUUGCUUGACAAGUUCCGAAAACUGCCAUUUCAGGCCAUAACAGCUCAGCUUGCAGGAGUGGAAGGACAGCAGUGGUCAGAGGAGGCAUCGAUAGUAUUCCGAAAUCAUGUGGAGAAGAAGCCUCUGGUGGCACAGGUGGAAGCAGUUAAUGAUGGGGCUAAUCCGUGGGACCGAAAAGUAGUGACCUACUUAGUUGACACGUCUCAACCAGACACUGAUAUAUGGAUUCAUGAUAUUAUGACCCAAUAUCUUGUGGAGACUUCAAAGGCUAACUGAUUGGUUUUUGAAACCUUAGUAAUUUCAGCAAUAAGAAUGUGAUAGGCUUUUAAAAUACAUGAACGUUAACCUAGCUGUGAUUAAAAACUUCAGUUUACUUAUCUGACUUUUGCACUGUUUAAUGCUAAAACAUUGGGCUGGAAAUACAGAAUGUUACCUAUAUAUAAAUAAAUUACUGUUCUAUUUGAA